AUGUUUAGCGAAGAAAAUUUGAAGAAGAUGGAAGGAUACCAAACAGGGCCUGACUACAUUGAGGUUUUAUGUGGGUGCACAAGCAAAUCUUCGGACACUAUGGGCAGACUAAGAAUUGAUUCUGCAGUGAGUAUUACACCAAAUCAGUUUGAGAAACAUGGGAAUAAAGGAGCUGGUAGAAAGUGGAAGAAGAGCAUCUGGGUUAAAAUCAAUGAAAAGAAAGUUGCGCUAUGGAGGAGUGGUUUACUCAAGUACCACAAAUAUGGAAGAAAAAAGGUAGAGAAAAGGUCCAAUAUGGUGAAACAUGAUGAAAACAACCACCAGUUCCAUCGUGAUGAGUUCAUUACUUGUACAAGAUGCAAGAAAGAACGCCGCUUUCGUCUCAGAAACAUACGUGAUUUCAAGGCCUACCAUGAUGCCUUGGCUUCUAAAAGAUGGAAGUGCCCUAAAUGGCCUUAUGAGAAGUGA